AUGUGGUGGUUAAUGAUCACUGUGUCGACUCUCGUGGUUUUGGGAGUACGCUAUGCCAAUGCCGAGACGGCUGCUGUCGGCAGCCACGUCGAAGAACGGGAGAGAACGUCUGAAAGAGAUGGGGGCGAUGUAGGGGCACGGGAGUUAGCCCGAUGGAGGCAGAAGGUCACGCACGUACCAGCAGCCGAUGCUCCUCGUUGCCGCAUCCUCUCUCCAAGAGAUUCUAGGCUGCUGGCCAUUGCGACCCCUUUCAAUGUUGCUGUUCAGGUGGAAGGAGCAAUGUCGAGGGAAUACACUAUGCGAGUUCAAGUUGCGGACCAUGUAGCAGAAGGCAGGGCCAAGGAAGCGACUACAGUCUUCCGAGUGGAUGGGCUGUGGAGGGCGCAAGUCUCCAUCUCCAUCAUCCUCUACACCGCAAGUGAGGAUGAGACGCAUCGGUCCAGGGUCUGCAUAGACGAAGUAGAGCUGAACCUCGAUACCCCCAUGAUGAAGAUUUUCCAUCCUUCUUCUCAGGAUCCUGUCGUUGUGACUCCAAACUGUCCCUUAAUUGUAAACUUCGGGCUUGUCUUGUGCAAUUCUGGAGUUCCUGAUUGCUAUGCAAACUUUGAGGGCGAUCAGUUUGCGGGUGUGAACAUGUAUGUAAACAACCAUCUGCACUCGAGGCUAAACUCGAGCAGGGUUGAGAUUGCGAACCUUCGAGAGGUCUUGCAGGAAGGAGGGGAAGUGUUCGAAGGAAAAAGAAACGAAGUUUCAAUCGUGCUGGUGGUGCUGAAUGUUGACGGUGUAGAAAUGCUGGGGCUGCAUGCUGGAUUGAAGGCUGGUGUCAUUUUCAGAGACGAGAUUGCAGCAACUGCAUGCCAUCAGUACCUGAGCGAUCCUUUACAUUCCUUUGGGAACAAUUCCAAGGUGUUAACGAGAAAUUCCUUCUCAAGUGAACAUUUGAAUGAGCUGCAUGCCCUGAAUUCAAACUUUGAUGAUCCCUGGGAUGACAAGGAAGGAGAUGUCCCCUUGUCUUGUAGGGGAGUUGAAGAAACGAGGUUUUUAUCGGUCAACAUGUCAGAGGGCAAUGAGAGCGGAACUUGCGAAGUCGUCAUGACUCCUGGCAAUGUUGAUCAUGAACAAGCUAUCAUAGCCUACACCUUCGUCACGGUAGACCCCACAGAUCUAAUCUUCCAAGUCAAACUAUGGAGAAAGUUUUGCAAAGAGCAUGUAAAGUUUGUCGCCGUGUUGAACAUGGACCCCUUGCAUCAAGAGUUUCUGCGCGGGGUUCCUCGUCUACGGGCUGUCUGCCAAUCCCUCGGGGUCGAGCUGGACUUUCUCUCUCUCCCUUGCGAUCGCGCGCUUCGGACUAGCUCGGGCUACCACUGGCUCAGCUCCUCCUUGUGCCAUGCUGUGGCCAUGGACUGGAUCUGGAGCAGGCGAGUUCUGCGUCACCAUCGCAAGGAUGUUGUUCUCCUGCUGCACUCGGAUGUCGCUGAUCUCAUGCGAGAUGACUGUGCCAUAGUCGGGAGGCGUUGGAAGAAAUGUCAUGAAGAGAACAGCAAGCCUCCGAUUGAGAAGGAUGAAGAAAUUGGCAAGAACAAAGUGAAGGAGGACGAGGACGAGGAAAGGAUGCGAAGGGAGCGAGAGUUUCGUUGCUACUGGCAUAUGGAUUCAGAUAUCAUGCUCUUCAACCUCUCUAGCAUGCCUGCUCCUUCUCUGCUUAGUUUCCUCCCAGGAGCGACUAGUCCCAUGAAGCCCCACGAGCACGAGGCUGAUAAUACUUCAGCAUUUGAUACCAUCGACGCUUUCUUCCGCCAUUCUGAGACCGACAAGUCACCUCCUUUCAUCGACCCCACAUUCGACGUUCCUGCUCUCAACAGGUUCGAUCCGUCCAGCCAGACCUUCGAGCUCGAUACGGGAGGGUUCUCGUUCCUCUACCUCCUCCUCUUCCAGGCUGACAGCAACGCUGCGCCCGCGCGCAUGAACAUGCCCGUCGCUGCUCUCGACGGAGUCUUGCAGAUGAGUUGGGACAGGGAGGGGAGAGAGGGAAAGCACGUGUUCUUCGACCGACCCAGGCUGACAGCAGCGGGGCUGACGAGGAUGUACCAUCAACAUCCUGCGAGGAGGAGCAAGGAAGAGCUGGCGAGGCUGCGUGAAGACACCGCUUGCGGCAGGAGAGUUUGCUGGCUGCGCAACACAGGGAGAAAGUUCAACCACACGUGCAAAAGUUUGCUUGAGAGUGGGAUGAGGCUGUCUCGAGGGUUGAGAGACUUCUGUGAAGAGAUGCGACGGGAAGGAGAGGAGGAGGAGGAGGUCAACUUCGGCGUCAACACCAUCUCAAGCUUCAUUCACAAUCGAUGUGGUUCCGGUUGGUGCCACUGCGAGGGGUACGGAAGAGCGUGCAUGAGCGAGAGUCAUGCGAGCGAGGCCAACUACUUGAACAUGCUGUCUGAGUUCGUCUACGUCGUGCUGCAGAGCGUGUACGGCUCUGAGUGUGUUGACUGUGCCGUCAGAGAUGAAGUUGGCAAGUUUGGGUUUGAAUUCCGACAGACGUUCGCGCUCUGA